AUGCUGAUGCGAAGCUNAAAUAAUCCAGCUAAAAAUGGGUACGGGACAGAUCGGAGUGGAAAAGGAAAUAAAAGAGAAGAUGGAUCUGACGGAAAACAUGGGAAAAGUGCAGGACAUGUUUAUGUAGUUGCGAAUGAAUUGCCUCCAAUUGAAGUGUCAGCUUAUGGUGGGAAAGGAGGAAGAGGACAAAACGGAGGAAACGGAGCAUCUGGCAUUACAGGUGUCGAUGGGAGAGAUGCUGAUAAACAUGCUAUGAGAGAAAAGUUAGAACGCUGGUGGGCCUUUUAUGGAGGUUCUUGGGGAUUUCGUUAUCGUCGUAUCGGUACUGAUGGUACAGCUGGUGGUUCGGGAGGAGAUGCAGGUUCAGGGGGCUAUUGUGGAGAUGAAGGCGAUUCUGGACUAGUGAAGCUUGUUCCUUUGGAUAAUGUUUCUCUCAUAACUCAAAAGAAAAGUGUAGGAAGAAACAGAAAAAGUGACAAUGGUAAGCCAGGUGAACCAGGCGAGGCUGGAAAACAUGGCAGAGAUGGUCUAGAUUAUGUAGCAAUAAGUAAUACGCAAAAAUUUUUUAAGGCUAUGGUUACCUCACGAAAACUAGAUAACCUAAAAGGAGGUCGGCUCCAUUCUGGCGACAGAUAUAACCAUGAAGAAAAGCAAAGGUUUAAACAUUAUUCGAUGCUUUCUAUGGAAGAUGAUGAACACAAUCGUAGGUUUCAAAAUAAAUAUACUACUAAAGAUAAACAAAAUGGAGCUAGUAUGACAUGUAAACA